GUCAUUGGCGUGCCAGGUUGUUUAUAAAACGGAUGUGGCUAGGAGUUCCCGGUGAAAGGAGGCCAGGGAGGCAGUGUGGCAAGAUGGAGAUUUUAAAUAUCAGCUCCAUUUUUCUUGUUUUCCUAGUUUUUCUGGCAAAUACUGCCGACGGUACUUGGCUAGCGAAAUCUAGGGGAUUACGGUCCAGUUCUACAGAUAAAUCUGGUAAGAGUGAAACCGUUUCCACAAAGAUGCAACAAGAUUGGUCGAAUCUCUUCGAUCGCAGCAUAUCUAACCUUGAAACUCAUCUUAUCACCGAAUCCAACAACAUGCUUGAAGGUUUAUUCAAAGAAACCGAAACCGAAGGUUCUGUUAAUAAGCAGACGCGGAAUGACCUGGAUGAUCUGAUGAACCAGAUAAAUGAUAUACGAAGAAAUAUGGAUACGAUGUCAAAUAAACAUGCACAGCUUGAGAAGAGAAUGGGUUCUGCUCUUCGUGCACGAACGGAGAAACAGCAUAAUACUAUGAAUAUAGGGAAUAUGCUUCGUGACCUGAACGAAAUGUCAAGUAAACUAGCCGGUAUUACUGGAUCUGUCAGCAGCCUCACUGAGAGAGCAGGCGACAUCAGCCUCAGGAAUCCGGAAGUCACAAGACCAGCAGACUGCCAAGCAGUGAAGAACUGUAAUAGCGAUUACGGGAACGGAGAGUACUACCUCUACCCGACGGCUCUGCAAGGUCAAAGGGUCAAGGUUUACUGCAACGGGAUGCACGGUCCUGACCCCAAAGAGUACAUUACCCUACUCAACACCAACACAGCCACGUACAACUUCUCUCUCCGAUAUGACAACGAUUACUGUUUGUUCCGAGACAGGGUCGGCGAUGCAGUGUCUACUUUCCACAAAAUCCGCAUUAAGAUCGAAGACAUGUCCGUGCAGAGAUAUGAUCUCAGCUUUGCAGACACUAUUGAGGAAGCACCCGAUACCCAGAAGGCGCCGAAAUUUGGAUCCGGAGGAGGAUGUUCUUGGGACUACAUGUGGAGGAGGUUCGAACAGUGUACUGCGCCCGGAGGAUUCGUCAUUGAUACAAGUGGAACUGGACUCGUGGUAGACCCCCACUUACAAUGGACAGCUUACGGAUACGGAAACAGGGUUGACACUGUCCAUCGGUCUAAAGAUAAUUCUCACGUGACAGCCGCGUGCGAUGGCUGGUGUGCAUGGUGCUACCCGAGAGGGCAGAUGUUUCUUCAGUUAGCACCAGAAGUUGGGUUGAUCGGGGACGCCACAGAACCGGUGUGUACAUAAGAAAACACCUUUUAACGCCAGGGAAUAUUUUGCUUUGUUUCAAUACACGAUUUGCUUUUUAAAAGAAAGAAAAACCCAUUAAAAUGAUUAAUAUUUCUAGUGGACAGAUUUACGAAUAACUUUGGUUAGAACUUCUCAGAAUGAUCGUCAACAUUAUUUCAUUUCUGGAAAGAAACAUCUCGUGGCAUCAAAUGUGUAGUUUGUGUAUGUAUUAUUGUCAUUAAAGUUCCUUUUGUGCUUGGC